CCAGCUUCUGACCAUGUCAGCAGAGUUCCAGGAUGCUCACCUUGCAGAGGUGAAACCUCUUGUAGAGAAGGAGGAGGCUAUCACUCGCCUCCUUCCCGACUUUGAUGUUCAGGAGCAAGAUGUGGAAACCGUGCAUGGCUCCGUCCAUGUCACUAUGUGUGGGACUCCCAAAGGGAACAGACCUGCUAUCCUCACAUACCAUGAUAUUGGGCUGAAUCAUAAAACUUGCUUCAAUCCUCUCUUCAACUUCGAGGAUAUGCAGGAGAUCACCCAGCACUUUGCAGUUUGCCAUGUGGAUGCGCCUGGUCAGCAGGACGGAGCAGCAUCCUUCCCAGCUGGGUAUGUAUAUCCCUCCAUGGAUCAACUGGCUGAAAUGAUUCCUGGAAUCCUGAAACAGUUUGGGCUGAAGAGCGUUAUUGGAAUGGGAACAGGAGCUGGUGCCUACAUCUUAACUAGAUUUGCUUUAAACCACUCGGACAUGGUGGAAGGACUAGUUCUCAUUAAUGUAAACCCUUGCGCUGAAGGCUGGAUGGACUGGGCAGCAACUAAGAUUUCAGGUUGGACAAAUGCUUUACCAGACAUGGUCAUUUCACAUCUUUUUGGAAAGGAAGAGAUUCACAGCAACCAUGACCUGAUCCAUACUUACCGUCAACAUAUUAUUAAUGAUAUGAAUCAAACCAACCUUCAUCUCUUUGUCAACUCUUACAACAGUCGGCGAGAUCUAGAGAUUGAGCGCCCUGUUCCCGGAAUAAAUGUUGUCACCCUGCAAUGCCCUGUGCUCCUGGUGGUUGGUGACAGUUCCCCUGCUGUGGAUGCUGUGGUUGAAUGUAACUCAAAGCUGGACCCAACAAAGACUACGCUUCUUAAGAUGGCUGACUGUGGUGGGCUUCCUCAAGUUUCCCAGCCUGCAAAACUUGCAGAAGCCUUCAAAUAUUUUGUUCAGGGAAUGGGAUACAUCCCCUCUGCCAGCAUGACCAGGCUGAUGAGGUCCCGUACAGCAUCCGGCUCCAGCGUAACCUCUUUGGAAGGACAGAGGAGCCGGUCCCACACUGGGGAAGGCACAAGGAGCCGGUCUCAUACAGGAGAAGGCACAAGAAGCCGGUCCCACACCGGUGACGGUGCCAGGAACCGCUCGCACACGGACACGCGCAUUGAGCUGACGCCAAACUCUGCAAGCAAUGCCGAACAAUCAAGCCCCAAGUCCAUGGAAGUCUCGUGUUAAACGCGCGUGGUUGGUUUAACUGGUUGCAGUUAGAAAUAUUAAUGGAUGCCCCCUGUGUAUCACAAAGCAUAACUGGUAUUAAUCUCGAGCUUUUCCAUAGGAUGAACUCUGUUCACCAGGGUCUGACAGGGACCAAAGAAAAGAAGCAUCUCGUUUGCUCCAUCUUUAUUCUCCUAACUCAGACAGUUGCUGCUAUUGUUCCCUCCUUCAGUGGAUGCCAAAUUCUAAAGGUUACUUGCCAAAAGUUGAUGUGGUUGUAAACACUUCAGAGUCGAAACAGACUCUCUUAAUACCCUCCUUUAAAAUUGAAACUGUUGCAAUCCCCUUUAUCCCUUAUUCUCUUGAAGUAAACUGGCAUAAUUUGAGAAGAGUUCUAGAGGGGGAGAAAAAUCACUAUUAUGGAUGGCUUUUAAAAAAAGGAAACAAAACAAAUGUGUUAUGGCCUCAUGUUGAAGCUGGAGUUGAAUUCAUUGUAUAUAGCUUGACUUCAAAUGAUAGAGAAGUUAAUGUAUCGUGCAUUUAUAGGCCUUCUAAUUCAUUAGUAUUCAAGCCUGUUUUCCUAUGUACAAUAAUAUAAUACUAAAAUAGACAAUUUUAAUGUGACUUUGAGAUGAACUAAAUCUUUAUACUUUUUUUAUUUCACUUUUUUGAGAUUUAGUUCCAAUCUUCUUCCCCCUGCCACCCCAACCCAGAACCUAAAACCUGCUUAGACAAAUGAGGACAAGAUUUAGGUUUUGUAAGUGAGGUAGCAUUUCCUCUUUGGGAUCUCGAGCCAAAGGGUUUACAACACUGCAAAUGUUGGUGUAGUUAUAACAAGCAGAGUGACUGUACGUGCCAGCAAAACAGAAGCAGCUUGAUUUUUACUUCAGACAGCUUCUUAUCUUUGCAUCUCAAGUUUUUGUGUCCAGCACAAUCGUAAUCAUAAAUUCAGAAUUUGGUAAGCAAAGCCAGAUCCAGCUGUUCUUUGUCAAGAGAGAUGAAUAGCAUUAGGAUGGUGUGUAAUUAGAUACUGUACAUUCAACUGCCACUAAUUACCAGACUGGAAAUUCUGAGAACUCACUGAGGCUAAAAGUGUAUUCCACACAGUGGUGACACCAG